GGGGGAUGGGGCCGGGACAUGGAGACACCGCUGCCGGGGGGAGCCGGGCGCGGAGCACGCUGCUGCGGCGGCGGGAGGACGGAGCCGGCAUCCCGGGUCCUUUCAUUCCCGCUUCCCCGCGGCCAGGGAGGAAGGAGAGCGAGCGCGGGCCCCGGCUGCUUCACCAUGACCUCCCGGCCACCUCCAGCCCGUGUUUGCAUGUUCCCCUGCAAGCAGCAGCCCCUGCCAUGUAACAUGACCUGUGCAGCCAGGGCCCAGUGCAGCGCAGCCAUUGAGCUCUCCCUGCACAUGAAUCCCCUGCGUGUCUCCCCCUCGCCCCUUUGAAAACUGAUCUUUGGCUCUUAGUGUGAAAGUGAUUUGAAUUUGGCUCGGCGGCGCUCUGCGCAGGCGUCCAGCUGCUGGCAUGCUGGCUCCUUGCAAAGCAGCUGUUUUGGGUUUGAAAUUCCAACAUGGCAGAGGCUGCAGUCAGUCUUCCCUUCAAAAACUUGGAAUGAUUUCAAAUCAUAGGCACCUUCACUUAACCCGAGCCCCCAUUCAUCAGCAAACACAUCGGAUCGAUGCUAUUCUAACCUAUCGGGUGCUUAUACCAAACCUCCAGGUUAAAUGAAUACCUGACGAAAGGGCCCACGUUUCAAGGCAGUGACAUUUGAUAGCUGAGAGGAAAAGUGGCUUUAAUGAAAAGCAACCUUUGGAAUUCCUGCUUGUGAAAAAUCCAAUUCAGCUUUUUGUGCUGCCAGCAAGAAAUGAUCAGUAGCACCAGUGUUUAUGGCUUGAAGAUGCAGUGGACGCCGGAGCAUGCCCAGUGGCCAGAACAGCACUUUGAUAUCACUUCAACCACCCGGUCUCCUGCCCACAAGGUGGAAGCAUACCGUGGACACCUGCAGCGCACCUAUCAGUAUGCCUGGGCCAAUGAUGACAUCUCUGCUCUGACUGCCUCCAAUCUGUUGAAAAAAUAUGCAGAAAAGUAUUCUGGCAUUUUAGAAGGGCCGGCUGAACGACCCAUCCUUAGUAACUAUUCCGAAGCUCCGUCAGGGCUGGUGAAUGGUCGGAAGAAUGAAAGUGAACCCUGGCAGCCUUCUUUGAAUUCAGAGAGUGUUUAUCCAAUGAACUGUGUCCCUGAUGUUAUUACUGCCAGCAAAGCUGGAGUAAGUACAGCCCUCCCUCCAGCAGACGUCUCUGCCAGCAUAGGGAGUUCACCUGGGGUGGCCAGUAACCUGACAGAACCUAGUUAUUCUAGUAGUACCUGCGGAAGUCAUACAGUUCCUAGUCUUCAUUCAGGGCUCCCAUCUCAGGAAUAUGCUACAGGUUACAAUGGCUCUUACUUACAUACUAGCUACAGUGGCCAGCCAGCACCUGCACUUCCUUCACCUCAUCCAUCUCCUUUGCAUAGCUCUGGGCUUUUACAGCCCCCCCCCCCACCACCACCACCACCAGCCCUAGUCCCAGGCUACAAUGGGACUUCUAACCUCUCCAGUUACAGCUAUCCUUCUGCUAGUUAUCCUCCUCAAACUGCCGUUGGUCCUGGGUACAGCCCUGGCGGUGCACCACCUCCGUCAGCAUACUUGCCUUCAGGAAUUCCUGCUCCUACUCCUUUGCCCCCAACCACUGUACCCAGUUACACUUAUCAGAGUCACGGUUUGACACCCAUUGCACCAUCAGCUCUGACAAAUAGUACAGCGAGUUCUCUCAAAAGGAAAGCUUUCUAUAUGGCAGGGCAAGGAGAAAUGGACUCCAGUUAUGGAAAUUACAGCUAUGGCCAACAGAGAUCUACACAGAGUCCGAUGUACAGAAUGCCCGACAACAGCAUUUCAAACGCAAACAGGGGGAAUGGCUUUGACAGAAGUGCUGAAACAUCAACCUUAGCAUUUAAGCCAACAAAGCAGCUAAUGUCCUCUGAACAGCAAAGGAAAUUCAGCAGCCAGUCCAGUAGGGCUCUGACACCCCCAUCCUAUAGUACUGCUAAAAAUUCAUUGGGAUCAAGAACAAAUGAAUCCUUUGGGAAGUACACCUCCCCUGUAAUGAAUGAACAUGGUGAUGAGCAUAGGCAGCUCCUUCCUCACCCAAUGCAAGGCCCCGGACUUCGUGCAGCUACCUCAUCCAACCACUCUGUGGACGAGCAACUGAAGAAUACUGAUACACACCUCAUUGACCUUAUAACCAAUGAGAUUAUCAACCAAGGACCUCCAGUGGACUGGAAUGACAUUGCUGGCCUAGAUCUGAUAAAGGCUGUCAUUAAAGAGGAGGUUUUAUGGCCAGUAUUGAGGUCAGAUGCAUUCAAUGGACUGACUGCUCUACCUCGGAGCAUCCUUUUAUUUGGACCUCGGGGAACAGGCAAAACAUUAAUGGGCAGAUGCAUAGCUAGUCAGCUAGGGGCUACAUUUUUCAAAAUCACUGGCUCUGGUCUUGUCACAAAGUGGUUAGGGGAAGGAGAGAAAAUAGUUCAUGCUUCCUUCCUUGUGGCAAGGUGUCGCCAACCCUCAGUGAUUUUUGUUAGUGACAUUGAUAUGCUUCUUUCAUCUCAAGUGAGUGAAGAACACAGUCCAGUAAGUCGGAUGAGAACCGAGUUCCUUAUGCAGCUGGACACCGUACUAACUUCUGCUGAGGACCAAAUAGUAGUAAUUUGCGCCACAAGUAAACCAGAAGAAAUAGAUGAAUCUCUUCGAAGGUACUUCAUGAAACGACUUUUAAUCCCACUUCCUGACAGCACAGCGAGGCACCAGAUAAUAGUACAACUGCUCUCACAGCACAAUUACUGUCUCAAUGACAAGGAGGUUGCACUGCUUGUCCAGCGCACAGAAGGCUUUUCUGGACUGGACGUGGCUCACUUGUGUCAGGAAGCAGUGGUAGGCCCGCUCCAUGCCAUGCCAGCCACAGACCUUUCAGCCAUUAUGCCCAGCCAGUUGAGGCCAGUUACAUAUCAAGACUUUGAAAAUGCUUUCUGCAAGAUACAGCCUAGCAUAUCUCAAAAAGAGCUUGAUACAUAUGUUGAAUGGAACAAAAUGUUUGGUUGCAGUCAGUGAUACUACUUUAAAAAAUGUAAUGAAUGUUGGCACACACACAACCUGCUACAUAGGGUAUAGAACCCCUUUUCAGUAGUGUUCAAAUUUCAAAGGGUACUGGGAAGACUACAAUUUACCUUGCCUCUAAAGAGUCAGGGUAGACUUGAAGGAAAAGUGCAUCAAACAAGAGCUGCUGAUCUGAAAAGCCACACAUGACAGAAAGCGUAUGUUGAUGCUCAGUUCUGUUCAAGCUAGACAACACUCACCAAGGAGCAAGGUGCAAGUGGGUUGAUUUCAGAAGGACAUGAACCCUGUGUGUUGAUUCCAUUCUGCUGUUCUUGAGAUUUAGUUGCUGUCAAGUGCCUGAAGUGGUGCUUUAUUUUUUGUUUGCCUCACAAUUACAUUGGUGGCAUGUGCUAAUAUAAAGAGCUUUAACUUCAAACAUUAUUCGGACUAAAGAGAUGAACGGUUGUGUUGUGACAGAGAACCAGAUUUUUGCUAUUCUAAGAGCAACAGUAUUCCUCAAUCCUGUCUGUUCUGCAGUAUUAAACUAAGAACAGGUAAAACAGGGUAACGGUAAUCUGGACCUUAAUUUCUGCAGUUCAUUUCUUUUAAUGUUCUGUCUGCAAAAACUCAGGAAAGUGAUUGUGAUUUGUACAGUACCUCAAAGGAAUGUGUUGAAAGCACUAUGUACUGCUGAGAGUUAUAGGCUAGGCUUCAAUGUUACUUUAUAUUAAAUAUGUAUGUUUACCUCAACAAUUGGAAAAUGGCAAGGAAAAUUACUUUGAAUGUAUCCGGGAAAAUACUGAAGUGUGAUAUGACUGAAUCUUUACAGCUUUAAAGUAGAAACAGAAGUGUUAAGAAACAGUUCUUUUGCCAAUUUCUGGGAACAGAACAGAAUAAUUCUCUUGUUGGUAAACUGUAAGAGGUUUCAGCAUAUUGCUCCUUUAUAAUUACGCGAUACAGUCUUUAGAAGGUGCACAGAUGAAAAGAGAGCCACUUAAUCAGUUUAUGUUUGCAUCUGGAACAGUCAAAUAUUAGAUUCCAUAGGACUCCGAGAGGCAAAUUACCUUUAAACUAUGACUGCUGGCCUUUUAUUACUUGGCUGUAGUUGUAGUUUUGCGGUUAUUUUGGUAAAACUGUAAGGAAUUGAAUCCUUGUAGGUCACGGGCAUAGCUAUGGGGUGCAGAACUGUUUAUAGCAAUGCAGUAGACCAUGACCAAACAAACAAUACAAAUAAUAAAGCAAAACUGAACCCUCAAAGUACUUUUAUUUCCCCACCCAAACUGUAAAGUUUCAUUUUUAUGGUGUCCGUAUGGCUCCAUUGUCUUUAAUGCAAUCUUCAUUUAGCAUCCAUUAGUAAUCUUUUCAGCUGUAGUGUACCCACCAUUAUUGCUACCUCAGUUUUGUUACAUUUCUCUUGGAAAGCAAAGUAAGAAAUAAGACAAAAAAUUAAGACAGAUUACAUUAGGAAUGCUAACCUGCUAAACGAGUUUCAGAGAUCUGCUGUUUUCUCCUGAAGUCACGUUUUUCCGUACCUUAAGCCCUCCCGGCCCCCUCCCAUACAUGUACUGUGGAGUCUUCCUUCUGGAAAGACUAGCUGGCAUGUGUGGUAUUUUGCUCCGUUCUUCCCCUGCCCCACAGUGUCUUUCUUUUUAUCCUUUAAUGCUUUAUGUGCAACUUUUUUCAUGACAGCUGACUGAUGUUGGGUAAUGUCUGUGAACAGGAGCAGCAUACGCUGCAGCUGCCCAAAGCCUCUGCCACCGCAUGAGCAGAACAGCCUUGCUUUUUUGAAUGUAAUUUUUGUUGUUGUUGUUUACUUUAAAGAGACGGUAACAAAACUGUUGCGAAGCACUGGCAUUUAAUGUUUCUGUUAAGUAAUGUACAUUCAAAAAUGUUAAAGAAAUGCACUGAAAGCCCCAAGAAGAGAGAUACCAAUCUGUUACCAGAUCAUGUUUGUCUUCUCAAAAAUUGUACAGAUCUCAUCCAUUACGUUAAAUCAAUUGAAACAUUUAGCAUUUAGAAAGCUAAUGAGGGAUUUCAUCAUAUUGCUGGAAAUUUUAUGACUCUUGGUUAUUGCCUUCGUUGAUCUUUCUUUUAAUAUAUAAAAUAUAUUUAGUUAGAUAUUGCUUAAAAACAGAGCAAAUUAACCAAAAUUUAAUUUAAGAGGGAUUCCUGGCAAACAUUUUGUCUAUCUAAAAUUUGUUUUAGACACGAAAGUACCAUUUUAUAAACAGUGCCUUUCAUUAAGGAUACAGAAAGUAGGACUUACACACACCACCUGUUUUACAACAGUGACUAAAACGCAAAUUGUUUGUUCUGACCCACUCCUUUCUUUUCCCUUUCUCCCCCCAGACACCCACCUCAGCCGUUCUACAUUCUUCGUUGUUAGGAAAUUCUGAUAUCCCCAUUAGUUGUAGGUUCGUAUUGAUCUCACUGGCAAGUUUACUAUUGCAGAUUGCUGACCCAUUUUCUGUCUUAGACAUUGCAUUUCAUAUCUUCCAUCAAGCUGUGCUCAUUCUAAAGGUUCAGGCAAAUUUUGACAAACCUACUUGAUAAAUCCAUAUAGUAAUGGUUUUUUGUGACUAGUAAAAGUAAUGCCAAAUACUGGACUGCACUAGUGUAUUUUUUUUUCCUUCUUUUAGUCAAAAACAAAAAAAUUAAUGAAAUUGUAGAUGCUCAUUUUGGCUUUCAGCUUUAAUAACUAUCUCUUGAAAAUACACUCUGAAAAAUGCAUUGCUCAAAUAUUAACUAAUGUGACAGACAGGCAGAAGCUGAGGUCAUGUGCAGAUAUGUGUUCCCCAAACACUUAAAUUUCAAGCUCUUGAUUCAACCCUGGAGGUACUAGGGAUUGAAAAUUCACCCCCGCCCCCCACCUCAUUUGGGGGUGUAUGGUCAGAGCUCUUCUCAAGAGGUUCUCUGGAAAACAGUUGAUGGCACCCCAGAGCGAUCUGGCCACAUCCUCUCCCUUUCCUGAAUCUCUUCCAGUCAAAGGACUGAGUUGGCUAUUUCCAGGCCUUUCCCCACUCCCUUCUCCCUCCAUGUCCCAGAUUUAGCAGAGGUGUGCAUGCCUUAUCACUCUAGUACCCUCUAGGUGAAUUUCCUAGCAGGAGGGAAGCAAGCCCCAGGACUUGAGCUUUCAGACCCUGGAAUGUAUCACAAUCAUUUGUGGGGAGGGGGAUAUGAAAAACCCCAGGUGGCAUCCUCAGGCUGCACUAUUUGCUAGUCUUUGAAAUAGCUUUGGUAUUUAGUAUUAGCUGUCUUUUGCAAUUGGUCAGAGCUGGCAGGAGGGAAUGGACUGCAGCUACAGAAGUGCAUGAGAAAAAGCAGAGCAGCCAACAGUAUGUUUUCAAGCAUUGGGGCUUUCAUGGAUUUUAAGGACAUUGGGUGAGACCUUUAAUGCACAUUAGCUAUUCUAGCUUAUCAGUAGAAGGUUUAUUUGCCUGUGAUGUCUGUUUGUAGUGUUUGCAACUGAGAAGACCAUUUUACAUCAGCUUAUGCACUUCUUUGCAACUGCAAUAACAAUUCCAACAGCAAAAAAAAAAAAAAAGGCAAAGGAAUAUUUCUGCAAGCUGAAGGAUCAAUAUCAAUUCAAGGGGUAGUUCAUAAUGACCUUAUGUGAGACACAAAUGGAAAUACUCUGUACUUCUGGCAUGCUUCUCUCCAAAAUAUUUAGAACAUUAGUGACAAUAUUGAAAAGUUUGCUGACUGAGCUGAUCAAUGGAAUGUGAAGGCAGUUUACUUUAAGGCUAUUUACUUUCACACAGAAUAUUUAUCUAUUAGUCAGUUUGUAUUCUACUCAAAUGCAGAUAGAUGGGUUAUUUUUUUCUUGUGUAUUUCAAACCCAUCAAGGAGAAAAUAAACUAUUCCACUAAAACACAAAGGCCAAAUACCAUCUGGUCAAGGUGUAUCCUAGCUAGUUAGGGGGCUAUGCUCUGUAAACUAGUUCAUUUUACAUGGGUUUGCAUAGGACUUUACUGUGCAGUUUCCAAAAAGAGAUAAUCUCGUUUAAAAAAAACAACAAAUUAAUUACAACUGUGGUUUAUAUACAUUAUUAUAUGUCCAUUGUGAAAGCAAAUUUGGGGAUCAGUAUAAGGUUUCUGCUGUCUGAAAAUACAUAUAGCUUCUAGGAAAAAAGGUAUUUCUGAUAAUCCCCUGCCUUUCCUCUAACCAGUGUAUUCUAUAAAACCAAAGGAUACACUUCAUCACAAGAGGCCACUUAAAGUCCUAUAGGGCCUAAUUCCCCUUUCACUUACACCAGUGUGAAACUGAGGUAUCUCCGUUGACUUUAAUGGAGUUGCUCCUACUUUGCACUCUGUUAAGAGAGUCAUUUCCCAAAUGUAUAAUAAUCUUUGUCUGCUGGUUUUUGUCAUGAGCUCUGAAGGCUAAGGUUGUACUCGGAGCACUAACUCCCUUCCAUCUUGUAUGUGUGCAUGUGUGUAUAUAAUAUUUAUAUGUGCAUACACACCAUGUCUAAAUAACAUUUUUCUCUCUCUUCCUU